AUGCCAGGAGCCCCUGGAGGAUACGGUAGUCCUGGAAAACAAGGAGCAAUGGGAUCAAGAGGCGCUGCUGGAACGGUUGGGCAGGAUGGCGUGGUUUUGUUGAACACGAAGGGACCAAAGGGACCACCUGGAAAACCUGAAACCGAGGGACAACCAGGCGAGGAUGGCACUAAUAACAACACUCCAGGACCUAUCGGAGAACCAGGAGGGGUUUCCACCUAG